CGGUGCGGACCGCGGUGGGAGCCGCCGCCAUGGAGGAGCCCGCGGCGCACAACGGCAGCGCCGCCGCGGCCGCGCCCGGGGCCGGGACCCCCGCCCGCCCGCCCGCCACCCCCGAGGGCAUGGCGCUGGCCUACGGCAGCCUCGUCCUCAUGGCGCUGCUGCCCAUCUUCUUCGGGGCGCUGCGCUCCGUCAGCUGCGCCAAGAGCAAGAACUCCUCGGAGAUGCCAGAGACCAUUACCAGCCGAGACGCUGCUCGCUUUCCCAUUGUUGCCAGUUGCACCCUCCUGGGGCUCUACCUCUUCUUUAAAAUAUUCUCUCAAGAGUACAUCAAUCUUCUGCUUUCCAUGUAUUUCUUUGUGCUGGGGAUCCUGGCCCUGUCCCACACUAUCAGCCCCAUGAUGAACAGAUUCUUCCCUGCAAAUUUCCCCAACAAACAGUACCAGCUCCUCUUCACCCAGGGCUCCGGGGAGAGCAAGGAGGAAAUAGUGAAUUAUGAGUUUGACACCAAGGAUCUCGUGUGCCUGGCCUUGAGCAGUGUUGUGGGGGUCUGGUACCUGCUGAGAAAGCACUGGAUUGCCAACAAUCUCUUUGGGCUGGCAUUCUCCCUCAACGGGGUGGAGCUGCUGCACCUGAACAACGUCAGCACUGGCUGCAUCUUGCUUGGGGGCCUCUUCAUCUACGAUGUGUUCUGGGUCUUUGGCACCAACGUGAUGGUGACAGUUGCCAAAUCAUUUGAGGCCCCAAUCAAACUGGUUUUCCCUCAGGACCUGCUGGAGAAGGGGCUGGACGCCGACAACUUCGCCAUGCUGGGACUGGGAGACAUUGUCAUUCCGGGGAUCUUCAUUGCCUUGCUGCUGCGGUUUGAUAUCAGCCUGAAGAAGAACACGCACACGUAUUUCUACACCAGCUUUGUGGCCUACAUCUUUGGGCUGGGCCUCACCAUAUUCAUCAUGCACAUCUUCAAGCAUGCCCAGCCUGCGCUGCUGUACUUGGUCCCUGCCUGCAUUGGAUUCCCGCUUCUGGUGGCCUUGGCAAAGGGAGAAGUAACCGAAAUGUUCAGCUAUGAAUCUUCUGCUGAAAUCUUGCCUCACACACCAAGACUUACCCACUUCCCCACGGUGUCUGGCUCGCCGGCCAGCCUGGCUGAUUCCAUGCAGCAGAAACUGUCCUGUCCCCGCCGACGCCGGCAGCAGAGCCCCAGUGCCAUGUAGCACUGCCAUCAGGGCCCCUUGUCUGUUGCUCUGGCCAGCUACGAGGAGAGCUCAACCCCUAAGGAGGCAGCAGGGGCUUCCAAAGAAGAGCCAACAGAAGCCUCCAAGAAGGAGAAGUGACCUUGCCCGUGGGCCAUGCCCGGUGCUGCUGGGCUGGGGCCCUUCAAGACCCUUUGCAAGUGACAGACGACGAAACAAUUGUGCAAGAGCAUCGUGUUGUGUGUGUCGGAGCAGCCACCCAGGUGGGGUAUCGAUGUAUGCCGGUUUUUAAAUUUUGUAUUGUGCAUUUGCUUUCUCUCAUAUUAAACCAUAUUGAAGGAAGGAGUGCUGGUGUGGCCAUGCCCCUGCUCAGCCAGCACUGGGAUUGGCAUCAGCUCACCCGCCUUCUCCCACUGGA